AGAGGGAAGCGGCGCCGCGCUGGGAGCUUCAACGCCUCUCUAUUGGCUGCAGCUUCGCACCUUAGUCACGCCCACCGUAAGCGUCCGUCGCUAGUGACGGUGGGGUGAGGGGAUGCUGCCCGCCUGUUGCCGCGCCUCCUGGAGUUCGAGCGAGGCGUUAGGGAGGGAGCACAUGCAAAUAAGGACGGAGGGACGGUUGGCGAAGCGCGUGCCGGCGGGACAGUUGCCGCUUCCUCGCGCCCAGGUUCGCGUUCCUAUUGGGCAGGAGCCCUCGUGACCUCAGCCGUGAAACUGGCCGUGUGAGUAAGAGAACCGCAUUAGUCCUUCCGGUUGUGGAAGGAGGCGCUUGGAUGAGGGGGCUGGUAAUAGUCGGGGUGUCUGCGGGAGCGUGAAGUUUGAGGGUAAUGGGCGGAGGGUGAGGCUGUUCAUUGUGAACAAUCUGGUAAAGGGCGCAGUGUUUGAGAGGCCUUCUUAACAACCCGUGAAAGGUUUCGGGAGGAUCAAACCUCAGGUUUGUGCUUGGGACUCGGAACGGUGCCCUGAACAUGCACACUGACUUCUCUUCUGCCAUGUGAAUCAUCCAGGGUGAUGCAUCUUCACAAGGCCGGUAGUUGAACUAUGGCAUCCACUACCGCGUCACAUAGUGAUAGUUGCCAACUCGGACAAGCUACGAAAGGGAAUUAGACAAAUGCACGGAGGAUAAGGCGCUCAGUGGCUGCUGGUCAUGACAGCUGUCCACUCUGAGGUGGUAUGUCUCUGAAUUAUAGUUGCUGAGGAACAUGGGUGUAGCCAGUAUUGGGGGGGGGGGAGACUGAUCUGAUUGGUCAGAUUCUCUCCAUUGUGCUUAGAUCAAGCUUCAUGGCCUUGAUUAUUGCUUGCUGUAGUGCAGAUAUGAAGGGCUUUGGAUAACAGAAAGUCAAAAGGGGAGGGCUGUUCAAUAUACAGAAUCAUUCCAUUCUUCAAACAAAUUCUAGCGGACAGAGACAUUGGGAUAUCCAAGGAAACAGGUGGAACAAGGGUGAGCGAAGGUGUAGGAGCUGGGAACUACUUUGGUGAAUAGGCACAGAGGUGGAUUAGAAAAGGAAAGAGCAUUGGGGGCCUGACUUGGAAGCAUUAUGAGUGGAUUGCUCUAUGUCUUCCUGUGUUGCAAGGGGUUGGACUAGCUGACCCUUUGGUCCCUUCCAGCUUCACAAUUCCGAUUCUGUAGAUCAUUUGGAAGCAUAAUGUACCUACUAUGCAUAUGAAAUAAUCCUUUGUAAGUCCCCUCAGGAGGAUGCAUUAUUUAUCUUAAAUAAAUAAAUCUGGUUAGCCACUUUAGGAACAGAUGGGCCAUUGGUUUUAUCCAGCAGCUUCUUCUUAAGUUGUAUUUACAUGCAUAGAUUUUCAGGUUCAAUCCUGACUCAUUACAAAAAAACAACAACAACCCUAAAGGGUUUUUGUCAUCAGUAGACAAUGCUGAGCUAAAUGCAGUCUGAUGCUGAGCUAAGGAUCUGACUGCAUAAAGCAGCUUCCUACAUUUGCCCAUUCUUCCCUUUUGGAAAUGUGGGGCGGAGGCUGAGCUGAACUUUGUACUUGAAACAGCAGCAAGCUGUGAAUGUGUGCAUCAAUUUUCAUUAUGGUCCAUAAGUCUUUCUGUAUCACAGUGUUUUGUUUCCCUUGACACUUGUGUCCUGUUUGUGUGUUCAUUCAUGUGAUUUAUGGUCAUGUGCAAUGGGACUGUGCCUUCACCUGUUCUCACUCCACUGCUGCUCAUGCAUAGAAGGGAGAGUGCUCUAUGUGUCAAAUAAGUUCCCUUGUGAUGUGGAUUCCUCAUUGCACAGAGUUCCAUAUCAUAGGAGAAGCCUAUGUGUACAUAUCUCGCUCUUCUGUACAGCACUGUUCCCUAGCAUGUGGGCUUGGGAACUAUCGCUAUACUCUUGAUCAUUAAUCAUUUGAGAAGGGAAAUGCACAAAUGUGGAGGGGGUGACAUCAAACUGGGGUUUGUAGUAAAACUAGACUAGAACCAGUGUGGCAUAAUGGUUUGAGUGCUGGAGUAUGACCUGGGAGACAAGGAUUCAAAUCCCCACUGAGCCAUGAAGCCCAGUGGGUGAACUUGGGCCAAUCACUCCUUCUUAGCCUAACCUACCUCAUAGGACUGUUGUAAAGAUGAAAUGGGGCAAAGGAGAACCAUGUACAGCACCUUGAGCUCACUGGAAGAAAAAGGUGGUAUAUAAAUGUAAUAAAUAAAUAGUUUAGUGUGUAUUGAAAAUGCAUGCCAGUUGCCAUUCCAGUGCCUCAGCACGUUGUGUUGCAUUUUUCAUUUUCUUUUCCCUUUGAAACAGGUGUGGGAGUUAAGCUGGUACUGAAAGAAGAAACAGAGAGUUGUCCCCUGGGCAAUGUAUACUACGUUUCAUUCUGAUACCUUGGUGUUCAACAGUGUUACUUCACUGCAAACAAAUUUUCAUAAAGAAUACUCAGCCAGCUAGUAGUUGUUAAAUGAAAAGUCUCACAUCAGUCAUAUAUGGCCAGAGUAGCAGAUAUUUCUCAAGUGUCCUAGAUAUUUUCUCUGAUCACAAAUAUUUAUACCCAAUUGUUUCCCAAGCUAUGAUUCUCCCCUCUACCAACUCUGGAUAGCCAUAAAAUCAUGAAGUGGCUUUUUUUUUUUUUUUUUACUUUGUGGGCUUUUUGUUUGCUUUCUUCUGUUUAAUAAUUUCCAGCUAUAGCCCGCUAGGAAUCAGUCAAUGGGACCAACUAAGCUGGUAUUUGUAAAGUGAGUAGUUUGCCACCUUCCAGUUUGUCCCAGUUUUGACAAGCACCGCAGUCGCCUACUAAUAACAGCUCCAUAUGACUUAAUAAAGGUAUGAGGAACUGGCUCCUACAGUCAGACCAAUGAUCCAUCUAGGCCAGGUCUGUUUACUGUUAUUGGCAACAGCUCUGCAGGGUAUCUGGCAAAAGUGUUUCAAACAGAUUUAUUUGAAAUCAACUAACUGGCAGUGCCAGGGAGUGGGCCUGGGGCUUUGGGCUAAGAUGUCAAUUAUUAAACUAUGUUUUCUAGCUUAGCUGUGGAAAACACGUGAUGUCAUUUAGAGUAGAAGAGGCAUAUUCUGUGAAUCUGCUAUUAAAAUUGGUUUGUCUUUGGAACACAUCCUCCUAUGGUUACCUACUGUGGAUUUUAUCAUACAUCAUCUUUAUUAGGUGCAUCUGUUUUGUUGAACUGUUUUUUAUUUAUCUGUUCACUUCCUAUAAAACAUCAGUGCUCUCUUCCAUAGCUGAAGUCAAAUGUUUUGUCUCUUUUCUUCUUUUAUUUUAAAAUAUAGUUGGCUUGGAUGAAAUGAAGCCAUUAUCAGUGGAUUCCAGAAUAUUGUCCCUGGCUUCCCAGGCUACUGAAAGCCCUGAUCAGGAUGUCCCUGUGCUGCUGCUGAAGUUAAAAGGUAAAUAGGUUGAGUUCUUUCAGACCUGUGAUGAAAUAGUUUCAAGUGUUGAGAUUCUUAUACCAUAAAUGAAAUUGUUUUUCACUACUCAUUAAACUCUAUCUGAACUAUUGAGAUUCACUAUUCUACAAAGGUCCGUAUAGUUAAAGCCAUGGUUUUCCCAGUAGUGAUGUAUGGAAGUGAGAGCUGGACCAUAAAGAAGGCUGAUCGCCGAAGAAUUGAUGCUUUUGAAUUAUGGUGCUGGAGGAGACUCUUGAGAGUCCCAUGGACUGCAAGAAGAUCAAACCUAUCCAUUCUGAAGGAAAUCAGCCCUGAGUGCUCACUGGAAGGACAGAUCGGGAAGCUGAGGCUCCAAUACUUUGGCCACCUCAUGAGAAGAGAAGACUCCCUGGAAAAGACCCUGAUGUUGGGAAAGAUUGAGGGCACAAGAAGAAGGGGACGACAGAGGACAAGAUGGUUGGACAGCGUUCUCAAAGCUACAAACAUGAGUCUAACCAAACUGUGGGAGGCAGUGGAAGAUAGGCGUGCCUGGCGUGCUCUGGUCCAUGGGGUCACGAAGAGUCGGACACGACUAAACGACUAAACAAAAUUCUACAAAGUCUAUAUGUGCAUAUUUUAUAUUUUCUGCAAGUCUUUCCAAAUAUAAUUAUUGAUUUGAGGCCAACAGAGGAAAAAGAACUCAUCUAUAGGAGAUGGUUAGUUUCUUUUCUGUCCUUUUUCAAUACGGCAGCUGUAUAAAUGAUAUUGCUGUUUGACAGGGGUCAUGGAGUUCCUCGAGAUCUUGUUAGAGGGUGAUAUAACAGAGUAUAUGUGUUUAUAGAAACAAUCUCUCUCUCUCCAUGAAUAUAUAAACUUUUCUCUCCCUGCCUUCCACUGCCUGUCAUUGGAAAUGUGUGUACCCAGCGCAUAAGAGACUAUAUGCAAACUAAACCAAUUUUAACGAGUGUAUCUAAUUUGCAUUAUUUUUAACACUGUGCAAGGAAUAGAAUGUUGAAAGGCAAAAGUAGGGAAAUAGAACCAAAGAGGUGCUGUGCCACAAGAACUAGAAUUAAGGAUGAAGGGAAGAACUGGGAGCUGUAUGUAUGUUUGUUAUGUUUGAGCUAGAAUGGGACUUCUGUGCAGGCUUGCGUAGAGCUUGCCUGAGGCCCGGGGUGGGAGUCUUAGAAUAAAGGUUUUGGCAUGACAUUGUAAGUCCAGCAGGCCCCUAGCAGGGUCCCCUGACACCUUGGCCCUCUGAGGCCUGGGACAAUUGUACCGGGUUACACCUCCCCCCCCCCCCCCCGCAUGGGCCUGUUUCUGUGUUCUUAAAAUCUCUAUGGUAAGAGUUGCUCCUACUUACAGGCAAGUCUUAUAUACAUUCUGGAGAGAGACUGCUGAUGAACUGCAGCAGCAUAAUAGCUAGAGGAACUGUCAGUUGCUAGAGGGCUACUUUCUAGUAAAGGAAGUCUUUGUGGCCAGAGUCUAGUAAUUCUAUUGGUGCAAAACAAGGAAGUCGUCUAUAAGCCACCUUAUUUUUCAUCAUACUUGCAUCUCCACCGUUUCUUAAUUCUCCUUUGCACCAUCCCACUGACUUAUUUGCCCAUCUUUUUCUAUCCAUCUAUAAUGUAUUCUGUAAGCGUUCUACGCAUGAAUCAUCUGGUUUGUUUGUUCUAUAGAUUUCCUAGCUGGCAAUUGCCUCUGUAUCAGUGUUGCAGUAACGACAAGAUGGUAGUUGGGCUUCCACAUUGUCUCAUGCUCACUUAAUCUUUCUUGAUAUUAUACUCCUUUUCAGCGUAGAAGGGUACUUGAGUGUCACAUGCUGUAAUUGAGAAAGUAUAAUUUUGUCACCCAAGCUUCUGGUCCAUCUGUUUCGGUUUAUUUUUCUUCCCUAGAUAUUUUAAAUAGUGCACCGCCUGGCAGCAAAGAAUUAGAAAAAAUUAAACAAGACUUGUACUACUAUGAUCUGGUUCAAUACUGCACAUUAGUCCUUAAGCAAGAUUACACAAGAGUGCUUGGAGGCUGGACUACUGCUGCCCAGAUAGCAGAGAUACUAAGGUAAACUCUUCCUUGGUUACACAGCUUUUAUUCCUGAAUUGCCUCUAGCCCACCCUUCUUGAAAUCAUUGUGUUACUGUGUAUUAGCCUGGGUGUAUUACUGCAUUACCUGCAAAUUGCUAAAAUGUAUGUGUGUUUAUUUUCUCAGCCAGUGUUGUGUGGGCCUUGAGGUAAAAGAAGAACCAGAGGAGUUUUACAAUAAGCUACUUCCUUCUGUAGCAGACAAUCUCCUCUUCUUGGGAAGGCGCCUGCAAGCACGAUUCAUCCGAGCUAUCAAGGUAUUCAGGCUGAACAGCUUAAGGUUGUGUAGUGGAACUGUUUUGUAACUUCUUGACAUGUUAACAUGCUGAAUAGUUGAUUUAUUCAGGCAGUCUUCCCCUGCCCUGCCCCCCAACUCCAGGCGCCUUGCAUACCAAAUGCCAAGGGCAUAUCUUCUGUGGAAUCAGGACUCAGAACAACUAUAUUACAGCAGGAAGCUUUGGCCUAUUAUGAUAUUGUUUGAUGCCAUGGUUGGCAGCAAGGGAUACCAAAAUUUUGGAUCAGCUCCAGUAAAAAUUAAAUCACUAAUAGUUUAUUGAACUUAAAAAAAAAUGCAAGCAGGAUUAUGACAUGCCUCCAGGACAAAUAUUGUGGUGUAGAUGCUUUCUUAAAGCAGCAUUUCAAAAAGUUGAACUAAAUGUUGAAAGAUUUAAUUCACAGCAUUCCAAAAAGGUUGGUGGAUUUGAUGAAUCAGAUUACAGUAGUAGCAUUACUGACCCAUGGAACCAGCUAGUUUUCCAGUAGAAAAAGUGUUUUAAGUUUUUAAAAGCUGCAUCUGUCCACUAAUGGUGAUUGGCAAAGGAGUUCCCAGACCUCAGACUGAUGAAGUUUGGAUGGAGGCAGUUUCAGAAUUAACUAUCCUGCUCAGCAAGUAUAUAACUUCAGAAUAAGUUGCUUUCAAAGUAAUGUUUCAGGAAUUAUAAUCUUAAUUUUUUGCUUUUUUGUGAAGGAUGAAGAGAGGAAUGAAUUUUUACACUGUUUCAGAACAGUAACUGAUGCCAUCUGCUGGCUGUGUGGUGGAUUCAUUCAGCUAACAGCAAAUGGUAAGGGAAGAAAGAUCUGAAAGAUCAUUACUAUAGCUGCAUAGCGGUUUCUGAUUAAAUAUUUCCCUCUUUUGUUUGUAGAUAACUGUUGUGUUUUUCCUUGGUAAAACUACAAAUUCAUGGCUAUUGCUUCAUGGCUUGAGUUUUCUUCCUGUUUUUCACCCUAGUGCUUCAGAACAGACACUUCCAGCAACUGCUGAUGACGGACGAUGUUGAAACUUCAACCAUAAUGAUGUCUGUGUUGCAGAAUAUUUUAAGAGUCAAUAGGUAACUGAUAUACCUUAAUUUAAACAUUUCCCUUAAUAUAUCUUAAAGUUUAUCAUACAGUGCUAAUCACUUCUCUGAAUUUAUUUACAUGAGUAAGAGAUACUGCCAGGAGCAGAGAGUUAAAGGCACAGUAAAAGCUCCAGAAGAAUGACAGGUGGUUUCCUAGUGGCAGUUUUAGUUCAAGAUAACCACAUAAAUAUCAUCCGUAGAACUUCAUGAUCGUUCAUAGGAGGCGUCCAGGAUUCUUAAAGCAAAGACCUUUUUGAGCAGUUUAUUGUGUAUUAAUUACCCGUUGAUGGUAGAGUGUUCUCACAUCAUUUUCAGGAUUAUGCUUUUAUUAUGGGAGUUUCCCAUUUCUUUCCCAUUCAAGGCAGUCCAUCUAUUAUUCCCUCUAACUAGCAGGUGACAUUGCUGUGCUGAAUGCAAAUGUGUGCCAAGGCCCUCUACUGGGUGUUUUUGUAAUAUGUUAGUGAUAAGUGACAAACUCUUCCAUUCCAUUAACUGCUGCAUAUGUUGCAUGACCUCCUGCUAUAACAGUAUCAUUUUUUGACUUAAGCAGAGAUACCAUAUAGAUUCAUACACCUUGAGGGGUCCUUUCUGUCUGCACCAAAUGGUUACGAUUCCAAAUUUAGAAGGAAUGCUUUAUAAUGCAUUACCUCAAGAGGCAGGCGACUUUUAAUAUUGUCGAACCAACAGCCAUAUCCUCUUCUCUCUGGAGGACCAUCUAUCAGUUCAGCUUGUUUUAUUGUGUGCAUUUAUUUAUUAAAUAUUGUAUCCUGCCUUUCUUGUACAGAGAACCUCUCAGAGUGGUCCACUCAGAGUAGUUUAGAACACUUGAAUAUACAGUGGUAUCUUGGUUGUAGAACUUAAUCCGUUCCAGAGGUCCAUCCAACUCCCGAAACGUUUGAAAACCAAGGCAUGGCUUCCGAUUGGCUGCAGGAGCUUCCUGCACUCAAGUGGAAGCCACGUCAGACGUUCACCUUCCGAAAAACUGGAACACUUCAGGUUUUUGGCAUUCGGGAGCCAAUUUGUUCAUCAACUAAGCCGUUUGAGAACCAAGGUUCCACUGUAGUAGCUUAUAAUCUCAAUAUAAUGAAAGCCAGUACAACCAGAGUCAACCCAAGCAAAACUUCUUCUGUGUGAUCCAUUUUGAUUACUUGUCAAUACUAUUAAGAGAAAUCCCUUUUACAACCUUUAAGCAGCACUACAGUUGUAUUUUAAAGUUACUAAAGGGUUUGGUGCAAUACUUGCUAGCUACUGUAAUCUGCUUACCUUCCCCUCCCGUCUGGCACCAUUGAAGAGACUCCAGUAUCAUUCCAUCUUUUUUCUUGUUAUGUCAGUGCUGUGUUACUUCAAGUUGCUGAAAAGUCCCUGCACUGCAUUUUAGAUGAGCUUGUUUACAAGCUUUCGUCUUCCAUCAAUCCUGUCAUAGGAAAUGCAGCUAUAAAGCUGUUACUCUUGAUUGCACAGUCUGAUGCCCAACUUGUGACAACAUUCGCUACCCGCUACAAAGGUUUGUUACUCUGUUUCUCAGACUUGGGAAGAAUUUUGUAGUAACGCUGGCACUGAUUAGCCCUUCAGGGUCAAGGCCCACUAUAAUUCCAAAAGCAAAGGUAUACUUUGUACAGCCUAGAACUUGUGUAUCAAUUCUAAAAGGUAUUGAAUGUGAAAACUUAAAGUUCCAUACAUGGAUGUCAGUGGGACUUGCUCUCAGAUAAGCAUAAAUCCUAUUGGUUGGAUCCAGAAUUGAAUGGGACCUAGGUUCAUGUAACAUAAUGUGGAUCCAACUCUAUGCUUGGUACAAACCUUUUCACAAAAUAACUGCAUCUGAUGUUGCACUACUUUUACUGCACAGGAAAGGCAAUAGGCACAUUUGCCAAUAAUGCUAAUCCAUACAUUGUAUGAUGUAACAUUAUAAGCUUGAGCCUCCGCACGGCCGUGUAAAGGCUUGAGUUCAACUAGUCUUCCCCUCUCACCUUCUGUAAGGCUAGAAGAAUAAAACAGAAUUUGGUUUCACUUAAUGGCUUGUCAUUAACACAAAAACCAGGAGUCCAGGUUUAAAAUAAACUCCUAAGUUGUUAACAAGCCUGCUUUGUAACUCAUGGUUUUAAGUCGGCUUCUUUUACAUUGACUAGAGUUUAUUUAACACCAGGAUUCCUGGUUUGUACAUAAGGACAAGCCAGGAAUUGGCUAAAGUGAAACUUAAUCAUCGUUAUUCCUCCUCCCAGCCAUUUAGGGGGAUGGUCUAGUGCUUGAGUCUAAUGCUUCAUUUGGGCUCCUUUAUGCUCAGGUAUAUAGUGCUAAACCAACAGUGGGGAAGCUGGAGUCCAACAUCAUCUGGAUGGCCACAAUGCCCAUCAUUUUUGACCGUUAAUCACACUGACUGAAAUAGAUGAGUGUUGGAACCAAACAACGUCUGGAGGGCUUCAGGCUCCCCGUCCCUGUGCUAAACUGGUUUAAUGUUACAUGUAAACACUGUCAAUGUCAUCUAUAAAGUUAAGCCAACCUGAAAUUGAUUAGCGAAGCUAGCCCAUGAAACUGACAAGCAACAAAGUAAGUUUUUAUUCUGCAUUGCCAUUCAAUUGAGCUGGUACCUGGGCUCCUUACAGCAUGUAUAGAUUAAUUCCAGGUGCCUCUUGUGACAUCUGAGAGCAACUACUUCUGGGUAAACAUAGUGCACUCCCUCCAAAUUUUCCAAAAGUGAAUGCCAUAAGCUGCCAUUCUGCCACCGAUUACCAAUGCCAAGUUUGUUCAGUCAAUACAAUUGUCUUGGUAGGUUCUUUAUUAAACCAGGACAGCAUACUUGAGCUGUCAUUAUAUAUGAAAUUGGUUUUUUCCUGCAUGGUACUAAUUGCAUUGAGUAUUUUGCCAUUUUUAAUAUGAUUUUUUUUCAAAAUAAAUGGCCUAGAAAGUUGUAGCACUAUUGCAACCAUUUCAAUAUUGCAUUUUAUGACAUGUCUGUACAUGUUUUAUGUGUACAUUUGAAAAUACUCUGUACCAUUGGGACAAAUGCAUUUGCCAGUGUGCAUUAUACUAGUUCAUACACCAGAAGGCCCAUGGUUAGCUUGUUUUCCAGCUGAAGGGAAAUCUGGCUUUCCCCUCACUUUGCAGGUGCAAACACCUUUAGUUGUAUCAACACUUCAUUCUUUUCACCAUUCAUGUUUUUGUGAGGAAAAUUCAUGCUACUGCCUGCUUUGGCAUGUACAACUAUAAUUUUCCAGUGUCUGCAGGAUAAGCAAACUAACUGUGCUUCUUAUAAAGCAGCAUAUUUAUCUUGAUGUCUCUCACUGAUUAAGGACUACAAAGCCUUCUAAGCAAGCAGUGGACUGGCAAAGGAUUUGACAGGAACCUCAAUCAGCUUUUGGACUUGCUGUGCUCAGAAAAUUACAAGGCUGUCAAAACACAGGUGUGGUGGAAAUCUUACUGAGUUCUGUAUGUAGUGGAAGUAGCUUAUACUUAAAGUUUCAUCAGUAUAUUACUGUGUAUUUCAGUGCCUCCAACCAACAUCUGUUCACAAUAUGUUAUAGGUACAAUAGAUCAAUUAACACAGAAACACCUCUAAGAGUUUAUAAAUCUCAUACACACACACACACACACACACACACCCUCUUUUAUUGCAGCUUUCAAAUACAAAAAUACAUUGUCAAUUAAAUCAUUAAAACAGUGCAUGAAAACACAUAAGCAGUCACUUUAAUGACACAUCACCGUAUAAGUAGGUAUGAUUAAAAACACAGUGGAAUAAGAGUCUUUGCUGCCAUUGUUAAAAUUGGGAGAAAGGGAGCCAACAGACAUUUACCAGAAAUGAGUCCAGGUGCCAGCACUGAGAGGGUCCACUCUGUGUUCCCCACCUCAGAAGCUGGUAAUGCACUACUGAAGGUGGGAGAAGAUGAAAUAGGGUCUCACAUGUUGAACACAGUGCACAGGUAACUUCAUAUGGGAGGAAGCACUACUCCAGAUAACCUGGACCUAAGCUGUUUAGCUCUUUAGAGGUAAUAAACAACAUUUUGAAUUGUGCUCUCAAAUGAAUUUGAAGCCAGUGCAAAUGGACAAGAGCUAGUGUAAUAAGUUCUGAAAAGCAAGCACUAGAAACCACUUGGCUGCUGAAUUUUGUCCCUGUCAGUUUCUAAACACUCUUCCCCACAACCCCUGCAGCAGUGCAGUCUCGAUGUGAGCAGGGCAUGAGUGACACUGGCCUGAUCAGCAUGGCCCAGGAAAAGGUGCAGCUGGCACACAAGCUAAAGCUAAGCAAAUGGAUCUUUUCCCAAUUCAUCAGUGAAUAUUGAGGUGCAGGGGGAUUUUCAGGUUGUCACUUGACAACUCUGAGAGUGCGAAAUGGACACUGGUGGUUGAGGAGGGGAUCAAACCUUUCUCAAAGGACUUGAACUGUGGUUUUUGUUAUUUUUAAAGCAGUUGUUAGCUGUUUAAAUUGUAUGUUGCCUUGAGAUGAUUGUGUGCAUUGUUCCGUUGGGCAGGCUGAUAAUGCUUGCAUAUUCAGAACAUUUCUAAUGGUUGUUAAAAAAUGAAUUCUUGUUUUCAUUUGGAUCAUGUAAACUUGAGGUUUUGUAUUACCUGGAAAGAGGCAGAUCAGUUUGAAUUCACGCAGGAACUGUUCUGGCAAAUAAUAGUAUGACAUUGUCCACCCCACCACCGAAGAAUAGUUUAAAUUGACAUGGGGCAGGGGGGAGAUGCAAAGCAUUAAAGUUGUAUUCAUAUUGUCACUGUGCUCAAUGGGGAAAUGAGCAUAAUCCUCAGACCCAGGGAGUACUCAAGGGUACGCAGUACCAGCUUCUUUUUGUUGUUGUUAAAAAGUGUCGUACUUACUGUAACAACUCAUGGUGAGUACCGGCACCUGUUUUUCCUAGAUAAAAAACACUGCUCUGACUUGUUUAUUUCAGAGACUACAUCAAGCAGCUUGCUUAAUCCAAGCAGCAUGGAGAGGAUUUCAAACACGAAAAAGAUUAAAGCAGCUUCCAAAAACAGUAACAAUCUUGCAGAGAAAUUUCAGGUAAAGCAAGACCUUUGGUUUAUUACAAACCUGUGGAUACAAACAGAUGGUUAUGUGAUGGAGCCCUUCUUCCUCCCACUCCCUUGUCCGUUCUCCCAUUCCUUUCUCUUUUCUUCCCUUAUAGAAGAAAAAAGAAAGUGGUGAGGUGAUUGCAAAGGCAGAUCAUGGGGCAGCUUUCUCUUCUGGUCUCACCCAGCACCUGCAUGUGGCCUCUACAGGUCACUGUGACCCUCAUCCCUUUGUGCAGUUUCUCCAAUAACAUGCUUGCUGAUCUGUGGAACUUCUCUACCUAUGCUAGAGAUUAGGUUUUUGAAGUUCCCUAAUACUUACAUUCUUUCCCUCUCAUAAUAUUGUGUUGGCCAGGAAUGUUGCUGUGAAAAUAUGUUAAGCAGCAUGCAAAUUUCUUGGUGCUACAUUAGCUAAUUGAUUGCAGAAGUAUAGAGGGGUUUGCUGUAUAAUAAAAUGCAUUUUAAAAAGGUAUCUUAACGGGCACAUGUUUGGAAAAUCCAGUAGAGGGCAGACUUCGCAUGUAAUGGGUUUCCAGAUUUCGGCGCAAUCUUUUGUUCCAAUCAGAAUUUCAGGCUUCACCGCUAAGCAUCCAGGCCAUGAUUUAAAGUAUGUUUGUGCAUACCACUACAUGUGCAUCUUGAGACUAUUGGGGUACAUGUUCCCAUCUGCAUGAUAAAUGCAGACCUGUUUAAAUGUAGAAUACUCUGCCCCCUGUAAUUUCUAAAACUUUGUUGUUGUAGAGCUAAAAGAAAACAGGAGUUGCAAGGUUUAAAAAAGCAGAAAGAAGAGGAGGAACUCCGCCAACAAUUGCAGCUUCGGAGACAGAGAGCCAUGAGGCUGUUCCAUGAACGACAGCUUACGCUACUGGAAAUAGUUCAUCCAGGUAUGGUUAUUAUAGUAGCAUGAAGGGCGUUUUCCAUGCAGAAACAAAUUUCCCAUAUUCUUUCUUGUUAGCUGAAAACUUCUAUUCAUACUCUGUUUCCUAAGACUUAGUAUUUGAGGCACAAGAUGCCAUUUCCUUAAAUGGCCAAGUAUUUUUUCAAGGAUGUAUCAGCAUCUUUCCCUUGGGCCCCUUUAGGACUUAUGGGGAGAUAGUGGUAAUGUAUACUUAGAACAAGUUGAUGGGAGAAAUGAAUGUAAUUCGAUUCUCAUUCAGUAAAUGUGUGAAUCAUUUCUUUGCCUUAUGUUUAUGUGCUUUCUCCCCCACUCAUUCUCUGUUUCCUUCAUUUUAGAAGGUAACAACUGUACUGGAACAUCCUUAAUAUCAAAGCCUGGGGCAGGAUAGCCAUCCACUUCGUUUCCCUGAGCAAUUUCUUCUAUCUAUUUCUUUCAGUAUUGACUAUUGCGGCCCCUUGUCAGGAAUGCAAUUCUACGCAUGGAUCUGAACUGCUCAUUGAAUGUGAAUAGUUUAAUUUCCCCAGAGGAACUCUAUGUGAAUAAUUUCCUCUUGGACUUUGGUACAGGGUCUCAUCUGUGUAGCAGCUGGACCACAAAUCUCCAUCCUUACCAAAAUGUCCUCAAACGUAUCUGGAUGUUGGUUUAGAAAAAGGUCUGCUUCUGCUGUUUGAGCUGAAUUUUUUUGAAACCAGCUGGCUUGUGUUGAGUCUCCCAUGAAACCCAAGCAUAUUCAGAAAUUUGCCUCCUUUAUCUCCUAGGUCAGGUAGAUAAGCAUAUGCAUGAAAUGGAGGAGAAGUCAGCCAUAACUAUCCAAAGAUACUGGAGAGCAUUUAGGGAAAGGAGAAAUUUUCAUCAUCAAAAGAAGUCUCUUAAGCAGUAUAAAGCAGCUGUCCUCAUUCAGAGAGCGGUGAGUAUGCAACCAAGUGCUGCCAUGGCAUAAAAUUUACCCAAACAGUUAACAUUCAUGUUUUAAUUCAAAGCUUCCAGUAUAGUCUACUUAUAAGCAGCUGCUUUAAAAAUUAAGCUGGAGCAUUAGUCUUCAGAAUCUUCAUAGCAAAAAUUUGCAAAAAUCUGAACAACCCUUUUAAAAACCUGUUACAAGAAGCUGUCAAAGACUUGAGACCAUAGUGCUGAAUAUUACCCUAGAAAACCAUUUCUAGCUUCAUCAUCCCCCCCGCCGCCGCCCCCUGGCCAAUCCUUCCUACCAAUUUAUAAAAUUAUUCUUUAAUUUGAUGACAUUAUGGAGGCCAAGUUCUUAUUUGAAGCUGCACUUGCAGAACCACAUUCUCCAGCUAAAUUGAGCCUUGCCGAGUUGUAUCUGCCUGAAGGAAAAAAAUCAAAUGGAGAAACAUGCAUAUUUCUCAGUGGUUUAGCUUUCAUCGUAACUCAGCAGAAAGGAGGGUGCUGGACUAGAUACUCAAGUAACAGAUCUGAGCUUAAAGGUUUGUAUUCAUUUCCAUGUUGACAGAGCACUGAAUUAAGAGUCACUCUUGUUUUAUUGUUUUUUUAUAGCAAGAAUACUGUAAUAAUGUUUUAGUUUAAAUGGAAUACAAGAUACUAUUUGUUCAUGAAUUUUUGUGUGUGUGUGUGUGUGUGUGUGUGUGUGUGGAUUCCCAAGCUAACCAGAAGGACAUCAAGAAACUAUACUGCUGUAAAAAUUCUGACUGUAUAAAUACAUUGCGUUACUUGAAUACUUUUGUUUCCACAGGUGCUUAAGUUCUUGGAAAAGCGAAGGAAAAGGAAAGCUUAUUCUCUCUUGAAACAGUCCAAGCACCUCUCUGAUGAACAGAGGCUAUCCUUGCAACAAAAAGUGAAUGACUACAUCAAACUGCACCCGGUACAUCAUCAUUCCUCCUUUGGCUAGGGCACCUUUUAAUAUUGGUUUGUUGGCAAAGGAAUGCUUACAGACAUGCUGGGGAACCCUACAUGUUGCCAGGGAGUCUAGGCACACUUUCAGUUUACAUAUGGCAUGUUCACACAUGACAUUCUUUUAGCCUUGACCAUGCGCAAAGCUCUCAUUGGAGCUGUGCAUGACAGAAGAAGACAGGUAAUGGUGAAGACAGGUAAAAGCUGCCUUUUAGGGAAGUAUCAGUGCCACAUCUCUGUCUCCUCACUGAAGGACCCUGUAACUUCCAAGGAACCUGGGUAACCUAGGAUCACAGUUUGAAAACCACAUCCAUAGAACAACAGGAAUGUUUUGCCCCUAAUCACUACUUUGACAGGAGCCACAAUACAGCAUUGGCAGUUAGAUAACUGCAAUAACUCAGUGGGGAGGGGGAAAUCUGUUGCCUCCUAUCCUAAUUGCAACUGCUUUUUUAAUUCCACACAAACUCAUGAACUAGUGAGUCUGUUUCGUUUCCAUAAAUGACAAAACAUUUUCCACUUAUCAAAUGGUUGCAUGGGUGCUCAUACAUAUAUGCACACACCCUUUAUGGUACUGAUAUUAAAGUGUUUAAGGAAAGCUUUAAAAAGUAGGUGUUCCUGAUCAGAGAAAUAUUACCUUCAUAGGAGAACCUUAAUUGGGGGGCCCUGAGGAAGAUAGUUGUCAACAGGAAUGCAGUUGGGCUUUUUAUUUUUUCACAAGGACUGCCAGUAUGUUUACAGAUUUAUUUUUUUUAGUAUUUUGCUUGUAUUGCUUUCAUAUGUUGCUGGUCAAUGGUGGUGCUGCUGCUGCUGCAAGCAACUGCAGCCAGGAGGUGCCUAUGAGACCUGUGUGCAUACCUGUUGCAGCAGUACCAGUUUUGCUGUUAGCUUUCCCCCCCAAAAAACCCAUUUUUUUUAAGUCUACGAAACUACUUUGACAAGAGACCCUUAUUGUAGAGAGAGAAAUUGAUGGGUAGUAGAGGUAAUGAUGGCUCUACAAUAUCACUUGCCAAAUCUUGAAAAGUCAAUAUCAGUACACAGCCUUUACCUAGAGUUCCAUGCUGUUUACCUAACGUAAACUCUGAAUAUAUCAGAAAUAUACUGGUCCCUCUUUAUUUGGUCUGUGAAACAAGGUAUUGGGUGUUGCUUGGUGCUUUCCCCCCUCCCUUUCCCCCAUUAAUAUAAUAAUAGGAAUUUGCUUCUUCCUGAAUCCUAAUUAGGAAACUAAAUUUAUUCAGUGAUAGAUCGAUGGCUUCAGGGAGGAAACACAGGAAGCUGCACAGUUAUUAGAUUUACAAGUACCCAAGAAAUGCAAAUGUUGUGCUGUAGACAUCCACAAAGGUUUGAAGCUGAUAACCGCUAACAGUGACAGGCACUAUCAUUUUUCUCCAGGCUUCUGAAAUGUCACAAGAAAUGAGCAGGGAACUUCAUCAUCAAGCUCAGGAAAAGCUGGCCCAGUAUUUGUUGAAAAGAAGCCAGGAUCGCAAAGCAGAGCAGCAUAGAGAGGCAUUGCUCGCCCAAGUCCACACGGAUGUGGAGCAGCUAAUGAGUAUGUGUCUACCUCAUCAUCACCAUUAUUUUAGCCUGGCUCUGAUUUUCUUCCCAUAUUGUGGUAAAUGUUGAUGAAAGUGAGUGUCGGGGCUGAUUCAUGCUAAUAGUAGACACCACAGCACUCAUCCAGAGAUAAUAUUUGGUUGUGUGACUCAUGAGCCAUGUAGCCUGUUGAUUCCAUGGCAAUUUUGGUCUUCUUCCCCUUUAAGAUGUUAAUGCUGAGAGUAUUUGUGUAAAGGUGCUUUAGGAAACUUUACAGAAAUCUUCCACUUGCUGUGUGGGCAGUAACCCUCUACCAUAUCAAAAAACGAAACAAAAUGAAGUUCAGUAUGCUGGGGUUCUUCUUUUAUUGCCCUUUGCCAUUGUGAGCUAUAUGUGGCAUGUACCUUCCCAGCAUGUUUGAGAUUUGGUUUUUAAUUGUAGUGCCCAGAAGAUGGAUUCACUGAAUUAUAAAUAGAAGAAUCGGGUUAUAAAAAUGAAAGGGAUAAACCCACUUUAUCUGGCCCAUGAAAGGACUCAAAAUAAUGGAAAAUGGAAUAAAUAUAGCCCCAAGAUGAUCAACCUUGUAUUUUAAGAAAAAAAGUAAUUAUGAUUCUUUUGCUCCGUUUGUCACAGGUGCUCCAAGUCUAACAGAAUCCACUACGAAAGAUCUGAAUAUAUUUAUGAGUAGAUCAGUUCCUGUAGUAGCCAAAGCCAAACAGUCCCACAGCACCAUGUUGAAAUAUACACGGUGGCCAUGGUGGAAGAAGCUGGAAGAAGACUUCUUAGAGGAAGAGGCUGUCUCAGAAGAUCUGAAUGCUGAAGUGGGAACUUUGUUCAUUGGUGGCAGCAAAACAUAAUCUAGAAUGAACAAGAUUAUAGUCUGGACUAUGUCUUCUGUGAAAAAAGGAAGCAAGCAGUCCAUCCAAUGCUGUCCAAAUGAUUUAAUUUUUUCAAAAUAUUUAGUUAAUAAAAUGAGUUUGUACUUAUGCAAUAUAUCUAUAUAUAGCUGUUAUCAAGUUCCUGUUUUACAGAUUUUGACCUCUAACCAGAAUAUCUAAAUUUUACCAUUCAGAUGACUUGGAAAUCAUUACAAUUCACAUUUUAAAUAUUUGUGAAAUUCAGUUGGAUUGUUAAAAAAAAAGUGGGAUUUUGAAAUUAAUUUUGUGGGGAGUUAGCUGUGUGUAUGUAUAGGCUAGGAAAUAGAACCUCGGAGCUCUGGGAGGAAGCAAGGGUCAACAGAGAGAAUCUUCAGUCCCCUUAUGACUUAGAGCAUUUUUUUCAGCUUGAGGUCCAUAUUCCUUUUCUAGGUAGCCUUCCAAGGGUCAGAUGCCAAUGGUGUGUGGAGCCAGAUGCAAAAGUGUGUGAGGCGACCAAUGCCAGCUUUAGCUCUGCACAGUAAGCUAAAGCACCCAUCUCUAUCUUGCAUCUAGACAAGCAAGAGCAAUCAUCAGAGUUCAAGAGGUCAUUCCAGCCAGGCAAAAGCAUUCAGGUGCAAAGCAGGGCCAGUGUGGGGGGUGUGGCCUGCAGAGAAGGGGGUGUAGCCUAGAGAGAGUGCAAAGAGCCCAAUAGAGAGCUGCAUUUGGCUUGCCCCUGACUGAGGUUCCCCACGCUUGACUUACAAUGUCAUCCCAAACCCAUUCUGCUUUGAGUCUUCUGAUUAACCAAUUUGUACAUGUUUUAUCUUCUUUAGAUGUGCUAUGAAAUUUAUUUUUCUGUUUUAAUGAAUUAGCAUUAUUAUUAGGUUAGUUUGUCUGAGAAAAGUGGUAUUAAAUAGUUUGAGAAACUAAUGGAGGAAUCCUUAUGAGAUCCUGCCUCUGAUUGCAUUUUAAAUUAUAGGCCUAGACUCUCAUGAUCAGAAGCGUUUCUCAAGCAUUACAAAAAUGGCCAGACUUUCAACUACCAGGCGUUUUGCAUGGCAUAAGCUAUAUUCUCUUCCCUCAUUUAGAACUUUUCUAGGGCUAGCUGAUCUACUGAAUCUUUUUUUUAAAAAAAAUGAUGUUUAUUGAGAAUUUUAAAGUUACAAAGAAGAAAGAAAGAAAAGACAAGAAAAAGAGAGAAAGAAGUAGAUAAACAUGACAAUUAAACAAUACAGAUC